AUGCCUCAAAGUCACUGUCAGUCUCUCAGGAACUUCUACAGGGUUCCACCACUCUCUGCCAUUGUACAUGGCUCUAAUCCUGUAAGCUUUGAAGAUGGGUUUUGUUUACCCAGCAGCUGCUAUGGCAGAACCUGGCUCUUGGACAACUUUCAAGAAAACUGCACUGAAACCACCAGCUGCCAACUGACCAACUGUGAACAGCAUUUGUACAAGGAAGAUAACUGUGUGCAAAGUGCUUGCCUGUCCAGAGUUAUCCAGACAAUGUGUACUAAUUCCAGGCCCUGUGAAAGGACAACAUGCCAAGCUAUACCUGCUUCAGCAUCAUUGGAGUGUGUUCUCCAGUCUUGCCAGUCAGGAAGCAGCCAGCAAAUGGAUUGUGUAGUUCAAAACUGCCAACCUGUGAGCUGCAUGGUGAAGAGUUGCCCAACCAAGACUUAUGUGUCUAAGAGUUGCCAAAAUCUGCAGUAUGAAUCUAGUCAAUGCCAGACUCAAGGUCUUGAAUCCAGAUCCUGUAGACUUUUGGACUAUGUCUCACCUGGGUCACAACUUCUGGAAUCUUCUAGUACUUAUGAACCAACUUGCUGUGUUACUGGUGGUUUGCAAUUGCCUAGUAAAUGA